AUGAACGGCAGAUAUGACGCGGCGCCAUCGCGGCCAAAGAUCACCGUGCGACAGCUCAACCGCGACCAUGCCAACUUCAUACUCGAGAAUGUCGACCUUUCGUUUGCCAACUCGUUGCGGAGGAUCAUGAUCGCCGACAUUCCGACGGUGGCGAUCGACAUGGUGGAGAUCCGGAACAACACGACCGUGCUGCCGGAUGAGUUUUUGGCGCAUCGACUGGGUCUGGUGCCGUUGCUCAGCAUGGACUGUGCCAAGGCGUUGGUGGACCACCGGGACUGUGCCUGUGAGGAUGGGUGCGAUCGGUGUUCGGUGGAACUCACAUUACGCGCGCGCUGCACGACGCGCGGCAACCUCGAAGUCACCUCUCGCGACUUGAUACGCUCAGACACCAUCGAGAACGCAACGAUCUACGACGACGAUGCGAUGAACGACCCUGCUGCACCCAAACACCCCGACUUUGGUCGUCCCAUCGGCCACGACGGCUCCACGCCACCCAUCAUGCUCGUCAAAAUGUCCAAAGGGCAGGAGCUCGACAUCCGGUGCAUCGCACGCAAAGGUUUUGCCAAGGAGCACGCCAAAUGGUCCCCCUGUUCCGCGGUCGGUUUCGAGUACGAUCCGCACAACGCCCUCCGCCACACCACCUACUGGUACGAAUUUGACGCCAAGCAGGAAUGGCCCGAGGGACCCAAUGCGGAACUCGAGGAGCCCCCACAGGAAGGCGCCCCGUUCGACUACAACAAAAAGGCCAACAAGUUCUACUUUGACGUCGAGGCGAGCGGCAGCAUGCAUCCCGCCGAGAUCGUCGAGACCGGAUUGGGGUUGUUGGAGUACAGAGUGGCGCAGAUCGUGCAGGAGCUGAGCAUGAUGGAUGAGCAACCGGGCGCGAAUGGCGGGAUGGAGAAUGGGAUGAUGGAUCCGUAUGGGGCGAACGGGGGUGGUGGGAUGGAUAUGAACGGUAACGGGGCAGGGAUGGGCGAUAUGAACGGGUACGGGUCGCAGCCGGCGCCUGCCAAUCCGUACGCUGGUUCAGGCUGGGAUUGA